CGCGGAGCUGCAGAAGAACACAGUAACAUACUACCGGGGCUUUCUGGUAAUCUUUUGUUUUCAUUUAUUUGAACCCUGGUCAAAGUGGCUCGUUUUCGUAUCAUUCUUAACAUGAUUCCAGAGUUAUCAAAAAGUUCAGUGUUUAUGAGGGAUCCUAGGAGGGUGGAACAGAUGUUGGCGUCUAUGAGAAACGCUGGAUCCAGCACACUACAGGUGAUCUCAGAUUUUGAUAUGACUCUCACCAGAUUCGCCUACAAUGGUAAACGCUGUCCUACCUGCCACAAUAUCCUGGAUAAUAGCGAACUGAUCAGUGAAGACUGCAAAGCCAAGCUUCAAGAUCUUCUGGACACAUAUUACCCCAUAGAGAUCGACUCCACACGCUCAGUAGAAGAGAAGUUACCGCUCAUGGUUGAAUGGUGGACUAAAGCCCAUGAGCUGCUCGUACAGCAGAAGAUCAGGAAAGAUCAUUUGGCUCCUGCGGUCAGAGAGUCUGAAGCCAUGCUGAGGGAGGGCUACCAGCAGUUUUUUGGUCAUCUGCAUCAGAUGUGUGUUCCUCUGUUGAUCUUCUCUGCUGGUAUUGGUGACGUGUUGGAGGAGGUCAUCAGACAAGCUGGAGUUUUUCACCCCAAUGUCAAAGUGUUCUCCAACUACAUGGACUUUGACGAGUCUGGUGUGUUGCGAGCGUUUAAAGGCCAGCUGAUUCACAUCUACAACAAACGUGAAGGUGCUCUGCUAAACACUGAACACUUUCACGAGCUGCGCAGUCGCAGUAACGUCCUGCUGCUCGGAGAUUCACUGGGAGAUCUGCACAUGGCCGAUGGAGUCACAGAUAUGCAGAACAUCCUGAAGAUAGGAUACCUCAAUGAUAAGGUGGAAGAGAGGAAACCGUCAUAUUUAAAUGCUUAUGACAUUGUCCUGGAAAAAGAUGAAACUAUGGAUGUGCCCAACGGUAUCCUGCUCUACAUCACAGGCCAACAAUGAACUUUCACUCAUCUUUUACAUAAGGACAGAAUCAGUGACCUGACCUCGGUCCAGUUUUAUAAAGGUUUUGGAUGACAUUUGGUUGUUUUGCUACCUCAACGUCUUCUGCACCUUCAUUGUGUAUGGUUUUCUGGAUUGCAUUUAUUUUUCCAGUAUGCUCGGACAUUUGUGUUCAGUCAAACAUCGAUUAAACAAUUAUGGUGCUAUACGUCCCUUUCUGACAGAGGAUCAGCCCAUUUUUAGAACCGUAGUUAAUUCUGUUCAUUGUUCAAGUCUUUGUCUUUCCACUCACACAAAUAAAUGUAUUUUAGAGUUGGUGGCA